UUGAUGGAGAGAUUUAGUAUUUUUAGGUUAGGAGGACACACAGUAUUUCAAAAAUAACAAUUCUGCCCUAAUAAGUGGGUAGGCUUAAGUUUUGAGCAGAGUACUAAAAGAACUUUCUUGCAACAAGACAUGAUUUAUAACUUCAAGAAUGAAUGGUAAUAAUAGUAGAAAUUAUUUGAAACUAAUUAAGAUGUAGGAACACUGCCAAGUAUUAAAAUAUUUUUCAGUAUUUCAAACAAUUCACAUAACACUUCCGCACUAUACACAGAUUGAUCAGCACAGCAAUAAAAUCUCAGGAAUUAAUUUUGAGAAAAAUUCAAUGUAUAAUCAAUUAAGUUCCUCAAACCAGUAGGAAUAUUUAAUGUUAUACUGAUUAGCCAGCUAGUUAAUUUUUCAAAAGUUCAUUCGCUUUACAAGAAAGAUUAUUUUAGGGUAAAAUUUUUUAAAUGGUUCUACCCUACUGUUGAAAUGAAAAUUGGUGCACCUUCUGUGGAAAUUUAGCAAUAUACCUGAAAGAUCUUAAAAUUUUCUAUUUUAUUAGCAUUCUUAUUCUAUUUCUGGGAAGUUAUUUCACGUGAUAUUUCUCCCGCAGAUUAAGGAGAAAACUACAAAAUGGUAUAGUUUUAUACAAAUAUUAAGAGAAAAAAAUACAUGUAUAUAUGUAGAGAUUAAAGCAGAAUAUUUUAUUCUCUUUACUUUUUUAUGUAUUUUCUGCAAUGUUUAAGUUUUGCUGUUUUAUGAGAAUUGGUCGCCAGACACAUUACAAGAGAAAAGAGGCAGAAAAAUAGGUAUUAAGAAUUCAAAAGAAUUAACUGAAAGAACAAAAGGGAGUAGCAUAGCACGCUUGUUUCAGUUUAGGUUCCCUUCCCAAACUAGACGCACUUCCCGCCACAGCUCUUGUUUUCACUCUGGUCCGCAGAGGUUACCCAUAAAAAGGAGAUAACCUGAGGAGGUGGGCUCUCUUUAAUUUUCAACUUCUUGAAAAUGUCUGGACGCGGGAAGGGCGGAAAGGGCCUGGGUAAAGGCGGCGCCAAACGCCACCGCAAGGUCCUGCGGGACAACAUCCAGGGGAUCACCAAGCCCGCCAUCCGCCGCCUUGCCCGGUGCGGCGGGGUCAAGCGCAUCUCCGGCCUCAUCUACGAGGAGACCCGCGGGGUGCUGAAGGUGUUCCUGGAGAACGUGAUCCGGGACGCCGUCACCUACACCGAGCACGCCAAGCGCAAGACGGUCAUGGCUAUGGACGUGGUCUACGCGCUCAAGCGCCAGGGCCGCACUCUGUACGGCUUUGGCGGCUAACGUAAUUUAGAAUAACGUCAUUUGCUAAAAAAAAAAAAAAAAAAAAAGGGGGCCCUUGUAAGGGCCCCCAAAACUUUCAUUGAAAAAGCUGGAGUGAUUGUCAGAGAACAAGCGUUUAGUAAAUCAUUACUUUGGUUCAGGUUUACUCUGGGUAGGGUGUUACACAGGGUGUUACAUUUGGGCGGCUCGUGGUAUUGGCUCCGGGGCAAGACUCCCAGGCCUGUGGGGGACCAGAGCUCU